AUGUUCAAGUCAGAGUUGGAGCUGUCAAAACUGAGAUUGUCAAAGGUUUGUAUGUUAUCUGUAGCUAAUUAUUUUAGACCCACUUUGUACAUUUUCUGUUUGUUGACUUUUUACAUUUUUCGGAGGAAUCUCUUAUUUUUCUCGAUUACACUCGCACCUCUUAAUCCACCUUCUCUUUAGAGUGAUGCUGGCCUGGAAGAGCUGUCACUAGGAGGUAGGGAACUACAACACAUUGUUUCUCUGUAAGAUGUGCACUUGCACUUAAUUGUUAAAUUGAUCUAAAUGUAUAUUGUUAUAUAUUUUGUUAUUUCAGAUAUUUCAGAAAUACACAGGCCACAUGACACCACUAGAGACUUCAAGGUAAAUUACUUUUACUUAAUCUAAUUGGAGUUCUCCCAAUCUACUGAGUAAUGACAUACACAUGAAGACAACUGAAUGUGGGCAGAACAGAUCUGUCUGUUUGGAGACUAGAGUCCAACCAGAUGUUAACGGUCCACAUUACUAUAGCAUCAAAUCAGUCUGUUGGUUGCGGACCGUUUAGCAGAUGUUAUAGCGGGUGCCACAAAAUGCUUAUGUUACUAGCUCCUAACAAUGCAGUAAAAUGUCAACAAGUAAGCAAAUAAUCAAUACAUCAAAAAUCUUGAAACGUCAGAAUGAAUCCAAUUAACCCAAAUAGCACUAUAACAGUAAUCCAGAUAUGUCAAGAAUCCAGUAUAUAAAUACAUAUGUGGUGUGUAUAAGAAGUGUAACUAAAAUGCAAUGUUAUAGUAGUAGAAAUAAUAGAAUGAGCUAUGUCGAGAAUAGUACACUGCUCAAAAAAAUUAAGGGAACACUAAAAUAACACAUCCUAGAUCUGAAUGAAUGAAAUAAUCUUAUUAAAUACUUUUUUCUUUACAUAGUUGAAUGUGCUGACAACAAAAUCACACAAAUUAUCAAUGGAAAUCAAAUGUAUCAACCCAUGGAGGUCUGGAUUUGGAGUCACCCUCAAAAUUAAAGUGGAAAACCACACUACAGGCUGAUCCAACUUUGAUGUAAUGUCCUUAAAACAAGUCAGAAUGAGGCUCAGUAGUGUGUGUGGCCUCCACGUGCCUGUAUGACCUCCCUACAACGCCUGGGCAUGCUCCUGAUGAGGUGGCGGAUGGUCUCCUGAGGGAUCUCCUCCCAGACCUGGACUAAAGCAUCCGCCAACUCCUGGACAGUCUGUGGUGCAACGUGGCAUUGGUGGAUGGAGCGAGACAUGAUGUCCCAGAUGUGCUCAAUUGGAUUCAGGUCUGGGGAACGGGCGGGCCAGUCCAUAGCAUCAAUGCCUUCCUCUUGCAGGAACUGCUGACACACUCCAGCCACAUGAGGUCUAGCAUUGUCUUGCAUUAGGAGGAACCCAGGGCCAACCGCACCAGCAUAUGGUCUCACAAGGGGUCUGAGGAUCUCAUCUCGGUACCUAAUGGCAGUCAGGCUACCUCUGGCGAGCACAUGGAGGGCUGUGCGGCCCCCCCAAAGAAAUGCCAUCCCACACCAUGACUGACCCACCGCCAAACCGGUCAUGCUGGAGGAUGUUGCAGGCAGCAGAACGUUCUCCACGGCGUCUCCAGACUCUGUCACGUGCUCAGUGUGAACCUGCUUUCAUCUGUGAAGAGCACAGGGCGCCAGUGGCGAAUUUGCCAAUCUUGGUGUUCUCUGGCAAAUGCCAAACGUCCUGCACGGUGUUGGGCUGUAAGCACAACCCCCACCUGUGGACGUCGGGCCCUCAUACCACCCUCAUGGAGUCUGUUUCUGACCGUUUGAGCAGACACAUGCACAUUUGUGGCCUGCUGGAGUUCAUUUUGCAGGGCUCUGGCAGUGCUCCUCCUGCUCCUCCUUGCACAAAGGCGGAGGUAGCAGUCCUGCUGCUGGGUUGUUGCCCUCCUACGGCCUCCUCCACGUCUCCUGAUGUACUGGCCUGUCUCCUGGUAGCGCCUCCAUGCUCUGGACACUACGCUGACAGACACCGCAAACCUUCUUGCCACAGCUCGCAUUGAUGUGCCAUCCUGGAUGAGCUGCACUACCUGAGCCACUUGUGUGGGUUGUAGACUCCGUCUCAUGCUACCACUAGAGUGAAAGCACCGCCAGCAUUCAAAAGUGACCAAAACAUCAGCCAGGAAGCAUAGGAACUGAGAAGUGGUCUGUGGUCACCACCUGCAAAACCAGUCCUUUAUUGGGUGUGUCUUGCUAAUUGCCUAUAAUUUCCACCUGUUGUCUAUUCCAUUUGCACAACAGCAUGUGAAAUGUAUUGUCAAUCAGUGUUGCUUCCUAAGUGGACAGUUUGAUUUCACAGAAGUGUGAUUGACUUGGAGUUACAUUGUGUUGUUUAAAUGUUCCCUUUAUUUUUUUGAGCAGUGUAUUUAAAUACACAGUACAAAACCCCAUGGCAAAAAAAAUAAUCUUACUGUACUUCUCAUGUUUUUCAACAGAUGGACAUCUCAUACCACCAGGAUGAUGCCAACAAUGAUUGUGUAGAUGAGGGUGCUGUAGAUGCGAGUGCUGUCACUGUCCCCAGUAAUGAUUCUGUUAUGCAGCAGGCUGCAGAGAACAGCCACUGUAAGUUAAUUAUUUCGACAUAAACCCUAGUGACUUAUGAAUGUAUACUAUAUUGAGCAUUUUAACAUGAAAUACAACUGCAGCACUAUUUUUAAUUAUCAUUUAGACAUUUCUGAUGAAUAAAUUUGAUUUAUAUUGCCUCCAUCAGGGGUGGAUAAUUCAAAGCUGAAUGGGACUAGAAGUAGCCUGUGGGGGGCGCCAGAGGAGCAGGAUGAGGAGCUGGAGCGCUCUCUGAGCAGUCAACGUAGCACUCUACAGGAGCUGUAUCCCAGCAUGCUCAGUCAGAUAGGAGAGGCCUGGCGGCGCCAGCAUAUGUCCGACGCGGCUGUAGGGGUGCUGAGGAGGUACCACAGACUCAGGUGGUCGUCUAACAGAAACCUCAAUAACCGCACCUUCAACAGCACCCUGAGACCAGCUCACAGAAAGACUGCCCUCAACAAUGGCCAAUCCAUACUCCAAACUUCUCAGAACACCUCUACGAAUGUGAGUAACCCCAAGAGUCCAAAGUUUAACCUCAAAAGGACAACCAGCACCCAUCCUCCUCCACAGACCAAGGUCAACCUCCAGGAGUGGCCAGCAGAGAGCCAGUCACCGAGUAAGGGGACAGAUUCAGGGGACAGACAACCAUCCCGCCCUUUUCUACUGAUGGACUUCUCCUCUUGUCCUUCCUCUGCAGGCUCCAGUCCUGCCUCCUCCCCUGUCUCUGCUCCCUCCUCCACUCCCUCCUCUUCAGUCUCCUCCCCUCCCUCCUCUGCAGUCUCCUCCGCUCCCUCCUCCCUACAGGAGAGCCCUGAGCCAAAUGAGGCCCCCCUAAACCAAACCUUCACAGUGUCCAUGUCCUCUUCCCCACCCACCAGGGUUAGGUAUACUACCCUUGUCUUCAGUCCUGCCAGAUCUGAAGGCCCCUCCACAGCAGGAGGGUUGAGCAGCCCACCUCUGAGGUGUGCCCGCCCCACAGUCCCCAGUCAGAGGUUUUUCACAGCAGUACGCCCUGUGGUCAGUAUGGACAUGUCUUCAGACACAGAGAGGUCAGUCUACUGCUCCUCAGCAGCACAGAGUCCCUACAGAGACAGACUGAUGAGCUGGGAAGGCCAGCAUGCAUCUCCUAACGCCCACCAUAGAAGCCUCAAGUCAGGCGUUGCUGGAUAUCAUCAGAGAAACAAGGUGAUGGUGGAACCCAGAUCUUCCCCUACAUUUUUACCCUCCUCUUUUCAGAGGCCUCUGAUGUCACCCAGGAAGCUCCACCACCUGGACGCCUGUAGUCCCUCCCAGCUGAAACUCCACUCAUCUCGAUCCCCCCAUCAGGAGUCUACCACUGGGGCAGGUCGGCCAAAGCUCCAGCGACACUAUUCCCUGGAUUCAUUCUCCCCAUCCAUCAGUCUCUUAAGGAACUCCACUAAGCAGAUCGAUAAGGACUUCCAGAAGCUCUACCACAAGCUUGUCUGUCAGGGCAAAUCCGUCCCCUCCUGUCGCAUGUGUGAGAGGAGAGCAGAGACCACCAGAGGCCCCUCCUCCUCUGCUCUGGCUGCCCUGGCCCUGUCUCCUCACCACUCUGUCAUGAGGAAGCGUCGCAGGGAGCUGGUCCAGGAACAGUCCCCAGAGUCCAAACGCUUCAGAGACAACUCCUGCGUGUACUCACCAGGAUCCCUUCGCCAGAGGAUAGAAAUGAUCAGGCGCCAAAAUCGCUCAGACAGCAAUUUGUCCUCCAUCCAGAGGGACAUCUCCUGUGACUCCCACACCUGGAGCCCACUCAAGGCCAGCCUGUCUCAGACCCACCACAGCCCCCAUCACCAACACCACUCAUCUGACGCAGCAGUCAAAAAAGCUGCAGGAUCCUGGUCCGGCCUGCAUGUUGAUCAGCCCUCUCCUGCUUGUGUAAGGGUCUUCCACAGAAACAAUGUACAUACAGGACAACAAAAACACUUUUAGAACACUGCAGUAUUUUGUUUCCUUGUAUUUUGUAACAUUGCGGUCCUGUCUCCUGUCUAGAGAGGGAAAUACAACCGAUUUGUUGGGAUUCAUCAAGGUUUGUUUCUGCUUUGUUUCUCAGGGAAAAUUAAAUUGUCUGAACUUUGACCACUUAGCAGUGAAUUUGUAUUUAGUUCUGAUGAGACUAUUUCUCCCGUCAGGAAAGUCACCUGUCAAGGCAGAGUGCCAAUGUGGUUGUUCGCCAAGGUAACCAUGACCUUAUCCAGUCUGUUCUGCAUUGUUGUUGAAAUCUUUCAUAGAAGAUGCAUUUUGUUUUUCUCAUGUUAACCAGCCUCCCUUCUUUCCCCAGUUUCUCAAGGAGACGGCUUCUGUAUAAAUGAUGUCAACCCACAGAAAGGCUGUUCUGUCCUGCUCCUCUACCUUCUGUCCUGCUCCUCUACCUGUGGUUCAUAUGCCUGAAUGUUGAAAAAAAUCUGUUGCUGUUUUAUAUCUCUGCUUUUAAACAGUUCUGAUGUUCCAAUUACUAAUUACAUUUACGUCAUUUAGCAGACGCUCUUAUCC